ACACGACGAAUAGACAAAAUGGCGGACAAAAAUUUACCAUGGGGGCUGAUAAACGACAAAAUAUCACCAGGAUCAGCGAAGACAAUAUCAGAGAGUAAACUGAAAGCUUUUGAAGUAGGGACAAUGAAUGUAGGUAAAAAGUCACUGUCCAAGCGAGAACAAGAGGAGCUACGGAAAAAGCAAGAUGAAAAGGCAACUGCUGAAGUUUACAAGGAGUUUGUGGCAUCAUUUGAUGAUGUUGGAAAAUUGAACAAAACUUGGAUCAAGGGUGGAACUUUCAACCCAGACAAAAAUUCAAAGGAGAAGGGAGGAGGAGGAGGAAAGACAAAGGUGUACAAACCAACGUCUAAACUGGCCGAGCUGGCAUCUACUUUCCAGUCUGUGAAGGAGGCAAAGAAACAGGACGACUUCAUGGAUGAUUCUCAGAGGCCGCCUGUCCCAGGGAAGAAGAAGAUGGAAACAAAGAAAAAGAGCAAUUUGGAGAUCUUCAAGGAAGAGCUGAAGCAAAUGCAACAGGAGAGGGAGCAACGGCACAAGAUGAAGAAAAGGAACCAGCAGCCCCCAGACCCAGGGAUCAUUGCUCCCCCCAUAGAGGAACCUAGCCGUGUCUCCAAGUUUGAACCCAUCCCUACAGACAUCAGCAUUGCAGAUUUAAAGCUUGGACCAUAUGAUCCAGCAGAUGAAACAACCACAAAUAUAUAUGUUGGAAAUAUUAAUCCUAAGAUGACAGAGCAGCAGUUAUGUGAAAUCUUUGGUCGAUUUGGUCCCCUGGCUAGCGUCAAGAUAAUGUGGCCCCGGACAGAUGAGGAGAGGAGCAGGGGACGUAACUGUGGAUUUGUGGCGUACAUGAACAGGAGAGAUGGAGAGAGAGCAUUAAAUUCACUCAAAGGUCAAGAUAUAAUGCAGUAUGAGAUGAAGUUAGGCUGGGGUAAGGCUGUUCCUAUCCCCCCUCAUCCUGUAUACAUCCCCCCAGCUCUGGCAGAAAUGACACAACCUCCCCCUCCCUCAGGACUUCCAUUUAACGCACAACCCCGAGGAAGGGAUCGCAACAGAAAGGGCUACGGAAAAGCCCCUCCCCUCUCAGGCUGGGAAGAGGAGGAGGGAGGAGACAAGAGUUUAUCCAACGCUGUUGUCAAGGUGGUUAUCCCAACAGAAAGAACCCUGCUGAUUCUGAUUCACCGUAUGAUCGAGUUUGUGGUGCGUGAAGGUCCCAUGUUUGAAGCUAUGAUAAUGAACCGAGAACUGAAGAACCCACAGUACAGAUUCUUGUUUGACAACAUGAGCCCCGCCCACACCUACUAUAGAUGGAAGUUAUUCAGCAUCCUCCAGGGGGAUUCCCCUUACAAGUGGAGGACAGAGGAGCUCCGAAUGUUUAAAGGAGGAUCUCUGUGGAAACCUCCUCCUAUGAACCCCUACACACAAGGCAUGCCUGAGGAACUGGUGAGAGAGGAUGUGGUGGACAAAGUAGUGGAACAUCAGGCACCACCUGGACCUAAAAAAGGACAACUAACAGAUAGUCAAAGAGAUCGAUUGGAGGACAUGUUGCGUGAGUUAACCCCAGAAAGAACAAAGGUUGGAGAUGCCAUGGUGUGGUGUUUAGACCAUGCCGAGUCUGCAGAGGAAAUUGUAGAAUGUAUCACAGAGUCCCUGUCCAUUCUACAAACACCAAUACCAAAAAAGAUUGCUAGGUUAUUUUUAGUGUCAGAUAUCCUUUUCAACAGCAGUGCCAAAGUACCAAAUGCCUCUUUCUUUAGGAGAUGCUUUCAACAUAAAUUACUAGAUAUAUUCAAAGAUGUCCAUGAAACCUAUGCUGGUAUUGAUGGACGUUUGAAAGCAGAACAGUUUAAGCAAAAGGUGAUGUCUUGUUUCCGGGCAUGGGAGGAUUGGGCGAUAUAUCCAAAUGACUUCCUCAUCAACCUCCAGAAUGUCUUCUUAGGGCUAGUGACCUCCAAGAUUGAGGAUGAGGAUAACAUAAAAACGGAAGCGGACAUAGAUGGCGCUCCAAUUGAAGACCUUGAUGGCCUACCAAUGGAUUCUAAAGAGGUGGAAAUUAAGACAAUCGACGGCAAACCAUUGGUGGAAGAUGUGGAUGGGGAUAGCUACACAGAGGAACUAGAUGGAGCUCCUAUGGAAGACCUUGAUGGAAGUGUUCUGGAAUCAGAAAAAGAAAAAUCACCACCUCAGCCUAGGUUUGCCAGCUCAAAAUGGGAAACAGUGGACGAGGCUGAAUUAGAGGCACAAGCUAUGACAACAUCUAAGUGGGAUUUGCUGGACCAACAAGAAGAGGAUCCAGAGGAAUCGCAGUCCUCAAAAGUGGAGGAAUCUGAGGACAUUGAUGGAGCUCCAUUAGAAGAUGAAGGAGCUUAUUCAGAAGAAGAGGAUGACUUCAGUAGAAGUUUUGAUGGCUCAAAGCAUGAAAUGACAGAGGAAAGACGGGCUAAAUUGAGAGAAAUUGAAGUGAAGGUGAUGAAAUACCAAGAUGAAAUUGAGAGUGGUAAAAGAUCUCGUAAAUCUCAGAUGAGUAUCUCACAACAGGUGGAACAUUACAGAAAGAAGCUCUUACAAAAGGAAGUGACUGAUUCUCCAAGCAGUAAAGAAAGAAAGCGACAUCGUUCAAGAUCUUAUUCACCCGGUUCUAAGUCUUCAUUCUCGACAAGUCCAAAGCGCAGCUCAUCCAAAAGAUCUCGAAGUCCCAAAAGGUCACGAAGAUCCAGGUCAAGGUCACCUCACAAGCGCUCGUCAUCAAGAAGCCCUAGUCGUCAUCGAAGGAAAAGCAAGAAAAGCAAACAUAGUAGAGACUAAUAAAUAUUGCGACAACCAUCAGACAUUGUGAUUUACCCAUUGAUCGUCAUCUCAUCUUCAUAUAUAUGCAUUAUUGUUUAUGUUGUAAUGGCUGUAUUUUCUCCUACAAAUUCAACGUCUGUGAAUUUUAGUUAACAGUUACAGUAUGUAUCCGAUGAAAGAAAGAAAACAUCUAGAAUUUUUCAGGGGUAGAUUAUUUCUUAGAGAAAGAAUACAGUUUAAGUUAUCUAAAUUAAAUCAACUGUUAAGAAUUUGCAAAGAAAGUAAUUCCAUCCUUGUGUGUCAUAACCGUAACUAGUGCAGAUUGUAUUAUUUGAUGUCCAUGCUACUCGGUGUGUGAUUUAAUCAUGAGAAUAGAAUACAUGUACAUAUAUCUUAAAAAGCAAGAGGAUUUUGGAACAAAAAAUACAUUUGAAGACGAAUGCUAUACAUACUUGAAUAUGUUGUAAGACGUAAGUGAUAGGGCAUUUGAUUACAAGUGUAUAUCAUAAAAUACACUUAGCAAUAUUACAUUACAAUAUUUUAUCUAUUUACUAAAUAACAUGAAAAAAUUGAAAUCAUCAUAAUCAACUAUUGCAUUUAAUUCAAAUGAAAUGCAUGGCAUUCUGGAAGGAAUUGAAUUACAUGAAAAUGAUGGCUUUUGUUUGAAAAUCUGUUGCUUUUAUUUCAAGCAUUCAAAGGCAACAAUUUUCAUUUAUCUUACCAAGUAUCAUGUUCAUUUUGAAAAUUUCAAAGUAAUAUGUACAUUGUAGGUAUUAUUUGUAAAUAUGAAAUGAAUGUCAAUAGUUGUUUGACUAAACAUUACUUGUUGACAUAACAAUGUACAGAUUUCUAAUACUGUGAAAUAAAAAAUAUAAAAAUACAAAGUA